UCACGUGUUUACAAACGGCCCAAACCAAUAUGAAGAACAGCACGAGGUUUACAAAGACCGAACUGUGAUGAACAAAGACCUGCUGGAAACUGGAGACCUCAGUCUGACCCUGAAACAGCCCACAGAGAGAGACAGUGGAGAGUACAAGUGUUUGGUCUGGAGGAAGGGAACCUUCAUCAGAAAGAAAACCGUGAAGCUCAAAGUCAAAGGUCCAGGAUCAAACAGGGGACAUCAGGAACAGAAGCAGCUCCAUUGAUCCGACUCCUCUGAUGGCUGAUCAAUCAGUUUGAUCAGUGCUGUGAGUCAAACAGCAUGAUCACAAGACCAUAUUUCCCAGCAUGCCCUGGCUGUGGUGAUGGAGGUGUAUGAGGGGGCAAAGUCUGUCCUGCUGCCCUGUGAGUACGUAGGUCUUAUACUUACGAACCCCACACUGCUGUGGACUCGCAAUGAUCUCGAACCCAAAUCUGUCCACGUGAGACGAGAGGAAACAAAUGAUGUAACAGGACAAAACCAGCAUUACAUCGGGCGCACAUCAAUGAGGCCUGAUGCUCUGGACACUUUAGACUUCAGCCUCACUCUGAGAAAACCCCAAAUGACUGAUAGCGGCAACUACACCUGCUCCAUCCUAAAUGAAAGGGCAGAACUGAAACUGACCGACGUACAGCUGCAUGUCAAAGAUCAGCAGGUUGAGGUGAAGGUGGAGGAAGGGUCAGACUCUGUCAUCCUGCCCUGCAAAACAAAACCUGACCUGCCUGAAAAGGCCACAGUGGAGUGGACUCGCCCCGACCGAGAACUCACUAUGGUCCAUUUGUAUGUAAACAGAAGUGACCGUCCUAAAAAAUUAGACAACCUUUACUGUGGUCGCGCAAAGAUGAACAAAGACCUGCUGAGAACUGGAGACCUCAGUCUGACCCUGGAAUACCCCACAGAGAGAGACAGUGGAGGAUACAUCUGCACCAUCUACAGGGACAAAGACAUCCUGAGACAGAAAGUAGUGCUGCAGGUCAAAGAACAAUUUCCAGCUUGGGCAGCAGCUGUUCUGGUCCUCCUGGUUCUCCUUCUUCUCCUGAUUCUUGUUGUUGUUUCUGGAGGUCUUUUAUUUCAUUUCCGGCACUAUUUCAUGCCAGGUUACCAGAUUAAGGUGGAUUCAGGGGUGGAGUCUGUCCUGCUGCCCUGCAAAACCACAGUUUGCCUGACUGAAGACACCAAAGUUGAGUGGACAAAUAUUAGUGGGAAGGUCCACGUGUACCAAAACGGCUCAGACCGUCCUGAAGAACAGAACAGUUGUUAUCGAGACCGCACGAAAAUGAAGAAAAAUCUGCUGAAACCUGGAGACCUCAGUCUGACCCUGAAACACCCCACAGACAAAGACUCAAACACCUACACCUGCACCGUCUACAGCAGGGAGGGAAGCAUCCUGAUGAGGAAACAAGUGGUGCUCCAUGUCAGAGUCCUGCACGUGGAGGUCGAAUCAGGGUUGGAGUCUGUCCAGCUGCCCUGCAAAACUACAGCUCAUCUGCCUGAAAAUUGUAAAGUGGAGUGGAUGGUGAUGAAGAUGAGGUCCUGGGCCGUCCUGAGGUCCACGUGUAUCAGAACGGCUCUGAGCAGCCUGAACAACAGAACAAGGUUUACAGAGACCGAACGAAGAUGAAUGAAGACCUGCUGAAAACUGGGGACCUCAGUCUGACCCUGAAACACCCCACAGAUGGAGACAGUGGGAGAUACAGCUGUGUGGUCAGAAGGAAGGGAAACAUCCACAGAGGCAAAACUGUGCUGCUGAAAAUCAAAGGGAGAGUUCAGGUCCAGGAUCAAACAGGGGACGUCAGGAACAGAAGCAGCUCCAUUGAUCCGACUCCUCUGAUGGCUGAUCAAUCAGUUUGAUCUGUGUGUUCUUUGAUUAUUGAUCAGUGAUGUCAGAGUGGAGUCAGUGUGAUGUUGUUGUUGUGUGUUUGAGACUUUUAGUGUCCAUGAAGGUCUCUGCUGCCGUAGAUCCUCUGAACUGUGACAGAGGUCUCACUCUGGAGGAAACUCUCAGCACUUUCCAGCAGCUCCUCCAUCAUGGAGGACGUUCCCUCACUGUAACAGGUGGAGGAGAGAGGAGAGGAAGCACAGGUGGAUCCUCAGAGGAAGAGGAGCGUUCCUACAAACCACAUGAUCACAUGACCAGAGGGGCGUGGCCUUCAGUGGUAGUAAUAAAGGAACAGUCCACAUGUUCCACUUUGAAGGCUCAUCUCCAACAAAGCAGACCUGUGAUCACUUUGACUCAGUAUGAUGAUUGGUGGAUCGUUUGUAAGGAUGGGAACUGAUGAGAAUUUCGUGAUUCAAAUUCCUUAUCGAUUCUCAUUGGCUCCACUUUGAGACUCACCACCAUCUCAAAGCAGCUUAUCAAAGACAUUACAUUCAUGCAUAUUAAACACAUGCUGUGGGCCAAAUGUUUGUGCAUGUCGGAGGUGUUUCCCAUCUUUGUUGUGAUGAGUGUUUACUCAAAAAAAGUAAAUUAAAAACAUUAUUACAAUUAAUACACAGAAGACUUUUCUUGAAAGUAACGCAGUACGUUACUUCAUUACUCUAAGGUAAAACAGCAACAGUCUGGGUUUUCCUCCUUUGACACAGAAACUAAAACUGAAAUCAGCUCAUCAUAGCGAGAGUGCAAGAACUGAUAAGGUCCAAUUGGACUACUGGGACUCUCGAUUCACAUCCCUAAGCAUUUGUAGGGAUGGGGUGGGGGAACUGUGUAGGCCCCACAGAGUGGUACUUUACCUUUAGUGUGCCAUUAGACUGGACUCCUGUCAGCUCCAACUGCAUGUUUAUAGGUGCUUUUUCCAUUUCAGUUACGGAGCAGUUCAAAACUAGCCAUGAGAAGAUCAACAGGAUGAUAUGAAACAACAAGGCAAAGGAGAGUUAUUUGUCAUGAUCCUGGGUCAGAUCCAGUGUUCUCUGUUUUCUUGUGUUUCUGUAUCGUGUUGAGUUCAAUUGUUAUUCUAGGAGUUAUUCUAUGGUUCAUAAGUUGUUCAGUUUAGUUUAUUGGAUUUCCCCUCGUGUCUUUACCCUCUGUGUCUGCUUCUGUGUAUUAGAGUUCUGGUGCCUUGUUUACACUCCUUGUGUUUUAUUCCAUGUUUCUCCAGCCCCUCAUGUCUGUGCUCUCCCUCAUGCUCCUCAGUGUUCUCUCUCCCCCUCCAGUCUGCGUCUCUGUGUAUUUCCUGUUUUACUUUGAAGGUCUGUGUCUUACCUUAGUGUAUUCUGCUUUGCUUCCUUGUCUCGUCGUGCCCAAUCAGUUCCAGCUGUGUUGGCACUUGUUGCACAUUUCCUCAUGUUCCUGUCUGUGUAUUUAUAGUGUGUGUCAUCUCGUGCUUGUUGCUGGUUCGUCUGUCACCA